AGUCGAGCUUUGACUUACCACGAUGAAGGGUGCUAGUGUUUUGUUUUUCUUAGGGAUAUGCACCAACUGGGCCCUAGCAGUAUUUUUAAACCAUAGGCCAUUUCCAACAUACAGCUUAGAGAACAUGCCGGAUACAUCAUUUUCGUGUAGAGACAAAAUUCUGGGAGGAUACUACGCAGACGCUGAUGCUCAAUGUCAGAUGUUUCACAUUUGCGUCAAAGUCGCAGGAAUAGGGAUCCAGGACUUCAGAUUCUUGUGUCCCAAUGGCACUGCAUUUGAUCAAGAUCAUCAGAUAUGUGCAGAAUGGGAAGACAUUGACUGUGAUGCCACUACUCUAUACUAUUCCAGCGAUAACUUUGACCUCUAUCGUCUUGGAUCAGGAUUUGAAUCCAAACCCCAUAAAUAUGGAGAAGACGAAGAGACCUUGCGCUCCAACGAGCUGAGACAGGCGACGCUAGAAUCAACCGAAAGAGACGAAGAUUACGAUGAUAAUGUAAAUAUUAACCAGAAUCAAGACUAUGAACAGAAGCGUAAAGUUGUAAGAAACAAAUCUAGAAGACCUGUUCAAAACAGAAACGAACAAAAUGAAAACAACCAAAACGCUAACAGAAACAAUGAAUACAAUCGAAAUCAAAACAAUGAAUAUAAUAGAAAUCAGAACAAUGAAUACAACAGAAACAAUCAAAAUGAUUACAGUAGAAAGGAAAACAAAAACAAUGACUACAACAAUAGAAAUAAUGAAUAUAAUAGAAACCAAAAUAACAAUUACAAUAGAAAUCAGAACAAUGAUAAUAAUAGAAAUCAAAAUAAUGACUAUAAUAGAAACCAAAAUAAUGAUUAUAACAGAAAUCAAAAUACCGAUUAUAAUAGAAACCAAAAUACCGAUUAUAAUAAAAAUCAAAAUACGGAAUUUAAUAGAAACCAGAACAAUGACUACAAUAGAAACCAAAAUAAUAAUACCAAUAACAAUGAUUACAAUAAAAACACACAAACUGCUCAAACAAGACGCCCAGUAACCAAAUUUACUGGCUUUGUUAACAACUUCGCAGGUAGUUAUGAACCAACAACCUCUAGACCAACUUCAACUACCUUAAACUCCGAGCAAUAUUCUACAGCUAUCAACAAUUACAAAUCUAGAAAUGGUCAAAGACGUCCACAAACAAGCGAAUACACUGAUAGCCCUGUUUACACAAUUAGUACUCCAGCUCCAUUCCGGCAACAACAAUACAACUCGCCACCUAGCAGAAGUACCAACAAUGCACAGUAUACUUCGGCGGCUCCUAAGCAAAGCACUAACUACGAUGACAAUUACGACAUACCCAAAGUAAAAUCAACUGUAGCUCAAGAUUAUAACAGUCAAUACGACAUACCAAAAGUAAAACCAGCAAGUAGUACCGUAACACAAUACAACACUCAAAAGACUACCGUAAGCCAAUAUGAAUCCACAAAAACCAAGCCAACGUUCAAAUCAGGCUCUGAGAGGACCGAAAACUAUCCAAGUAACAACCCUAAAUAUACAAGCAAUUUUGAAAAGAAACCCACCACUCCCUUCAAACAAAACGACAACUACCCAACAACUUUAAACCCUAAGCCCUUCAGCGUUUCCAACAAUAAUUUCCCUACGACGUUUGCACCAAGAACCAAUGCCGCCUAUAGUCAGAUUGCUCAGCAAACUUCUACCUACAACCAGAACAGACAAAGUUCACAAAACAGUCCCAGUUCAUUCAACAGUACGCCAAAAAGCACACCUUUUACCCAGUACACACCAACUGUACCCAAGCUCAGUUCAACAACUCCUGUCAGCAGAUCGAGCCGCUUUGACGAGACUCAGUACGACGAUGGAUCGUACAGCUCGAAGUACGACUACGAUGGCGACAGACGAGAUGACGAGUUCCUUAAAACUGCUCACAGCCAAAACAUAGCAGCCAGCAGAAACGAGUUACAAAGAACGAGCAACAACAAACAACAACAGACAACUCAAUUAGCUUCGCAACCUGCACGAACAACUUACGAUGUUCCUAAAACCUAUCCAUCCACUCCUAAGGACGUUCCAAGAACCAAUCCCUCCACUUCCCAAGUCACUAAAGAUACUCCCAGAAUAUAUCCAUCAACCGCAGUAACUAAAGAUGUUCCAAGAACAUACCAGUCUUCGUCACAAGUCACUAAGGACGUUCCAAGAACUUAUCCCUCAACAUCUCAAGUAACCAAGGAUGUCCCAAGAACUUACCCGUCAACGCCCCAAGUAACAAAGGACGUCCCAAGAACUUACCCAUCAACGCCUCAAGCAACAAAAGAUGUUUCUAGAUCUUUCCCAUCCACUCCACAAGCAACAAAAGACUCAUCCCGAACUUCGCAAGCUACUGAAUCACCUAAGACCAGUUCUCAAGUGGUAAACAAAAAACCCGCACCCCCUAAGAAAGACUACGACUAUGCUUACUACGACACUGGAGUAGCGAGUGAGCCUGACUACGAAAUUGAUACCGAGAUUAAAAAAUCAACGGUCAAAAAUUAAUUGAUUAAAAUGAUUAAAUAUUUUUGUUGUUAAUUCAUACUGCUGGUACUUCCAUGAAACUUUAUUAUUACAAAACUGUUUAUUGAAAAACUUGAUUGUAUAUAAGUAAUCUAUUAUACAUUGGCUGAUUAAAUAUAAAAAAUAACCUAGCCUCCGGUUUGCUGCCUAAAGAGAAAAUGAUGAUCGUAAUUCAACCUUAUGAAUCAACAACUGAAGUAAGGUAGAGAAAAGUGGAAUAAUAUUGGAUACAUUUUUUUCAACUGCUACAUUUUACAAAAAAAGAAUUCUAAUUUUGUUUUGUUUUUAGUAAUUUAUUGAUCUAACUAUCUAUUAUGUUCUAGUAGGAUUGAAAUAACUCUAAACUCUUAAAAAUACCUGUAGGCGAUGAUAAAAUGCUAAUAAAAAAGACCCAAAUUAUACAAUAUAAACAAUAUAUUUGUUAUUUUGGUGAUAACAAAAUAUCAAUUUUGUUUCAGUAAAUGAUAUUAGUUAUUCUGAAAGGUACAACAAUACAAAAUUUGCAAAUGUAAUUAAUAUUGCCGUCAGCUUCACCGCAAGCUUCAUAACACCAUCUGUAGCAUUUGCAGCAGCUAUUCCUUGUUGUCCAGCAUUGUCGAAAGAAACAAAUUCAAGGCAGUAGAUGCAUUUCACAUCCUCUUCUUCUUAAUCCAUGUCACCUUCAGAAUCAUCAAAGGGUAUUUUGCUCUCAUGAAUCUAAGAAACGCCUGUGUUUUUGGAUUUAAUUUUUUGCUUGGGUUCUUUGCGUAAAUUAGUAUCAGCGUUUAUGUUUUCUUUCAUUUUCUUUAACUUUCUGCAUGUAUUAGAGUCAAAGUUUACCACUUUCUUAACACGCUUGCAGUUUUAGGCGAUAGUGCUUCUUCAAGAGCUUUUUAUAAUGCGAUACACUAAUUAAAGCAGCUGCACCAGAAUUCUUUCGUUUAAUUCCUGAUGGACCAAGUAAAACAGGCAAAGGUUUUAAGUCAGUUGGUUUUACAAAAUUGCUUAUUUAAUCAAUCCUGGUAAUUAUUCCACAAGUUGAACAGAAACGUCCUGUAAAAUGAUAAUGUGCUUGGUCUUCUCAAUAGUAUUUGGAAAUUUAUUUAUGUUGUUACUAUUGUGUAUCAACAAAAGAGAAGUUUCUAACUUUUCAUGGAUUGCAAAAUCUUGGUCACGAAACAAAUCUCUAUCAAAUGAUAUAAUGCCACUUUUUCGAAAACCAUGCAACGAGAUUUCCAUUGAUGCUAUCCUUAAAUAAGCUUUGCCAAACAAACCAGUAAUCUGGUACGGGGAAAUUGUUCUACCAGGAUUAUUUCUUAACCAGUUUUCGAUUUGUUGGCAAUAAUAUAUCUUUAAAGGUCCCAUAAGGGCUACAUCUAAAGGUUUUAUCUUAUCAUUUAGGUGUGGAGGUAGGCAUAUUACAAUGAUAUUAUUUUCUUGAGCCUUAUUAAUGACAUCCAAGUUUCUUGUGUGCGAGUAGUGACCAUCUAAAAUUAAAAUAACAGGAUCUUCGGCGGAUGGCUUAGUAUAGGAAAUAAAAUGAUCUAUCCACAACGUAAAUAAGUAGGAUUAAUCCACCCAGAAGGAUAACAUCUUCCAAUUGCUCCAAGAGGGGCUCCAUCCAACAAUUCUGCUUUAAAAAUUUUCCUGGAUAAGAUCAUCAUUGAGGAAAUAUAAUGCCCAUUUGCAUUUAUACAUAUGACAACCAUCACAAGUGAACCUCUUUCCACAGUUGUUAAUGCUCUAAUUUGUUGUGUUUUAUUUUUAAGCCUAUAGCUUUAGUUGUGCUACUUUAGUAAUGCUUGUGUUGAACAACUUGUAUCCCGGACUUGUCAACAUUAUAAAUCCUGCUUGGAUUAAAUUUUAUCUUUUUUCUUCUGGUUCCAGAAUAUCAUAAAAUUUCUUAAGAUUUUCUUUAGGGAAUCCUUUAAUUCUAGCAGCAGAUACACCUUGUGACGUUUGAAAAGAAAUAGUCUUGUUAUGCUUUAAAAAAUUUCCUUAGCCAUUUUCUCCCUGCUGUAGCCUUCGAGUUAGAAAAUAGAUACGGCAAAUUGUCGACCAAAGCCAACUAAAAGGCUAAAAGGCGAAUGUCUAUUAAGGUUGUAAACCAUAAAACCUCCUUUCAAAUUCCAAGCAGUAUUCAACCAAACCUUUUUUCUAAUGCUUCGGGAAGAACUGGCUUAUGAUCAAGAGUUGAUUUUUCGAGGUAUUUUAGUAGAUUUUCUUUCUUACAAUGACAUUCUAAUGUAGCUUCUGGUACGUCGUAUGCUUUCGCUGCUUUCAAAUAUCCCAUCUCCUUAUUGAGUGGGACAUAAAUUGCAGAGGCCAUACAAAAACGCUCUUCAGUAUAGAUAUAUAAAAAAACCUUAUAUUGGAUAUCCAAUAUUGAGAAUACUUCUAUGUCCAAUAUUAGGCACAUUUAUAAAUUAAAGGUUAGAAUUUUAAGAAGAUAAACAGACAAAAAUUUCAUGACUAAAACUACAUAAAUAUGUCAACUUUUUGUCGAUAGAUGGCACCCAUAUUCCAUUUGUUUUUGAAAUAAUUAGCUAUCCAAUUUUAGGCGCUAUCUUAAUAUUAAGUGACCUUCCUCUAUUACAAAUACUUGUAUCUUUAUUAAUUUUAAACAGCAUUCAUCAAAACCUCAUUUAUAUCGACACAACUCGAUUCAAUCAGCACCAAUAUGAGACGUAUUACGGAAUUUUGGAAUUUUACAAUUGCAAAUUAGUUUCUUGUGAAAUUGCUCAUUGAAUUAUCAUUAUAACCCAUCUAUAUAAACACGUAAACCCAGAUUAUAUUAUAUUAAUACACUUCUUUGCUAUCCAAUUUCAACGAUUUUGUAUGUAGCAUAAAUUUAUAAUGUAUUGCAAAAUUUAUUUAUAAUCCUAAUUAAUUGAGGAUUACAAGUUCUUCUAGGAUGUUGUUCCAAUCGUUAUUCAUAUUGCAACUUUACGUCAGCAAGUAAAUUGUAGUUUUAAAUUAAUCAGCUUAAUUAAAGCAGUUUUCCACAGGUUUUAUCCUGACCAUUUUGUAGUUUUUACACUUGGUUUUAUCAUCUUUAUCCAUCACCUGCUUCUUCACGAUUUCUUUUUGUGUCCUGUGUGUAUUUUCAAAAGGUUUUUGAUGUUUUAUGUGGAAUUAUUUUUCUUGGAUUUUGUUUGACAGAUAAUAAAGAACUUAUUUAUUAAUAAAAUAUUUAUUCUGUACCAAAAUCUACCUAUCUGUAACUAAGUCUUUUAUUCUAGUUGUGUAUUGUAAGAUAUUAAUACUAUAUGUAGAUUAUCAAUUACGUGAGAGCAGAAAAAGGAAAAAUAUUUAUAAGCCAAUAAUACAAUCGCAACGUAAUUAAAAUAAAGUUCUGUGGAAGUAUUAAUAUUAUUAAUUUUUCUUCUACAAGAUUUCGUGACGAAGCUGGAGGUAAAAUAAAAUUUUACAAAAUUUAAUCUUGUUAAAGAAAAUUUAGUCAAUGUAGAAGUUGACUUAAGGCAAAGAUUAGAAACAAAACAUGUCCAUGUUUCCCUAUAGCCACAUUUAUUUGGUUGUGAGCAUAUUGUAAAAAAUUAAAUUUAAUAUUCGUUAAAUUCUUUAGUGUAUAUUUGUUAUCUUUGCCUAUAUUGAUAAUGGAAGAAGUCUGUUUUUAUAAUAUAAUACAUUAGAGCCCAAUACAACAGUAUUUAAAUAAAAUCGAAGGUUAAGAUAUUAUUUCAACAUUAAUUUAAGGUUGUACAUAUUGUAUUUUAUUUGUAAGAAUAAAAUAAGAAUAAAAUUAUUGUUACUUUUAUAU